GCAGCUUGGAGUUGACAGUGAUGAUGAUGGAGCCAAACCAGACGAUGACGAAGACCUGGAUGAGGAACCAACAUCACCAAGACCUGAACCAGGACUGGUUGCAGUUGGCUUUCACGUGGGCCCGGUUCUGGGUAGGACCUGAGAUGGACUUGUGGAAGAAACGGGUGAAGUCAGACUGCGAGGAGCUGCUGAGCCGCUUCCAGCAAACAGACUCGGUUCGCUUUGAGGUUUUCAGCAGCAUUUGGAGGGAAAUGAAGUUCUCUCAUAUUUUUUACGGGACCGUCGCCCACAAGAGACGGACAUUCAGCCGCCUGGUUCUGGACACGGCUUACUGCUAUCUCCUGCCACCUUUCAGCUUCCAGAUCCGUGUGGGAGGUCUUUACCUGCUGUACAGUUUGUAUCAGAGCCAGACGGCCUCGCCCCAGGAGCAGAUUCGUCUGGCCCUGAAGGACUGGGAUGAUGUCAAGAAGUUUGAGAAAGAUGCUGUGGAUGCUCAGCACUUUGACGUCGUCUACAUCAUCCAGCAGCUGAUGUUCUGCAAAGCUUUCCACUUCACAGCCAUGCCCACUGUGCUUUUCUUCAAGAAGAACAGGAACCCUGAGAAGUCUGUGCUGUGCGAGCGGUUCCUGGAGCGAGCGUGCCGUCCCCAGGAGUUGAUCAACAUAGAUCUGCUGGAGGAAAUGUCCAACAUUCAUGAAAUGUACGAGAAGAUGAAGACGUCGGCCAUUUGUCGGGCGGAUUCUUCUGUAAAUCUGCUUCGUAAAGACGCUGUCUCUCAGCUUCGCAGCACCGUGAUGGACUUCUACAAGUGGCAGCGAAGUAAGGACAGCGUUGACGAGGCUGAAGACGGUAACGAGGCCACAUCUUCACAGCAGGAGUGCUCGAAGAGAGCCGAGCUCCUCGCCUCCAUCAAGUCUAAGGCCUUCGGAGAAGCAGCGGAGACGUCCAAGUCGAGGCGUCAUCGUCAGGUGGAGAUGGAUGGCGCUGAGCCCGGACCGGGCCCCGCCUCGCUUCGCGCCAGAAUAACCAAACCCUCACUCAAAUCCAGAACCAAGGAGGCCGUCCGGAUCUCAGGUGACGUGUGGAAAGAAGCGGAUUCAACCACUCAGAUAAACCGUCUGGUCUCGCUGGAAAGCUGCAGCAUCACCGCAGGAAACACAAAGAUGAAGAAAAGAUUCAAGAGGGAGUGAAAGAGAAGACUUAAUCGGCCUUUUCACAGGUUUUACCAGCAUUUGCUCUAAGUUUGAUAAUGCCACAGAUAGCAGAUACGUAGCAUGUGUACUAAUGAUGGAGAUAGUACACCACAGUACAGUUUUCUUUUACAAGUAUUUAUCAUAGACAUACAGUUUUAAAGCAGUUUUACCCUGAUGGUUUUACCUGUGCAGCUGCUUCUGCUGCAGCUUGGUGUUUCUACCAACGAUGAAAUAUUUCACUGUUUCAUAUAUAAAAUACUUUGUACUCUCA